CAGAGCUUCAAUUCAAUGUCAGCAGGUGAAUCCCCUCAUACUCGCUGCAACAAAACGUUCAGAAGACCGGACAAUCGAGCCAUUGAGGGGGAAUAAACAACACAACAUCCCUCUGGGUACCCUCCAGCAUCUCAAGAUCUUGACUCUAAUCGGAUAGAGCAAAAUGGUGUCUAGAAUCCUCUUCUGGACGGGCUUCGGCGUGGCCACCCGCUUCUGGCAAUUGGGAAUCGAGAUGCGACCAUUCUUCAACAAGGAGUCACUAUGGGCCUACCCCGUCUUUGCGGGAUGCGGCGCGAGUUUCGGCUACUGGCUGCAGGGUGUGGACGCGAGGCAGACGGCCGUCCUGAACGAGCGGAAGGCGACUAUUCUGGAGAAGAGGGCGAGGAGGGCACAGAGGGAGGGGACCGAGGUUACGGCAUAACGGCAAUGUAGUUGUGGAAGAAUCUGUACAUUUCGCGCUCGAUGGACUUCCGAAUAACGGAGAAGUUCUAGGAGUUUCAGCAGAGAUAUUGUCCCCCUUAUCAACUGCUUGGGGUGCUACACAACCAUAAUUGAGGAAUAAGCCAGGCAUCUAUUACACAAGGCCACGCUAAUUAGGUGACUAUAUUUCGUCGUCAGGUUUCUGUCCCUGAGCAGCGCAGCUGCACACCAGUGUGCACCUCCAACAGUCC